CGUCCCCCGCCGCUCCGGGCGCGCCACCAUGGGGCCCCGGCUCGGCCUCUGGCUGCUGCUGCUGCCCGCCGCCCUCCUGCUGCACGAGGAGCGCAGUCGGGCCGCCGCGAAGGGUGGCUGCGCUGGCUCCGGCUGCGGGAAGUGUGACUGCCAUGGAGUGAAGGGACAGAAGGGAGAAAGAGGCCUCCCAGGGCUACAAGGAGUCAUCGGCUUUCCCGGAAUGCAAGGACCUGAGGGGCCGCAGGGACCACCAGGACAAAAGGGUGACACCGGAGAGCCAGGGCUGCCCGGCACGAAAGGGACAAGGGGACCUCCAGGAGCCGCCGGCUACCCCGGGAACCCAGGACUUCCUGGUAUUCCUGGCCAAGAUGGUCCCCCAGGUCCCCCAGGUAUCCCCGGAUGCAACGGUACAAAGGGAGAGAGAGGCCCCCUGGGCCCACCUGGAUUGCCUGGAUUCACGGGAAAUCCUGGACCGCCAGGGUUGCCAGGCAUGAAGGGAGAUCCAGGGGAGAUCCUUGGCCACAUCCCCGGGACACUGCUGAAAGGUGAAAGAGGAUUUCCUGGACCCCCCGGCAUUCCAGGCUCCCCAGGAUUGCCGGGGCUGCAAGGACCUGUUGGCCCUCCAGGGUUUACCGGACCCCCGGGUCCCCCAGGCCCCCCUGGCCCCCCAGGUGAAAAGGGCCAAAUGGGCUUAAGUUUCCAAGGACCGAAAGGUGACAAGGGAGAUCAAGGCGUCAGUGGGCCCCCGGGAGUCCCAGGACAAGCUCAAGUGAAGGAGAAAGGGGACUUUGCCACCAAGGGAGAGAAGGGUCAAAAAGGCGAACCUGGAUUUCAGGGAAUUCCAGGGAUUGGCGAGAAAGGCGAACCCGGAAAACCAGGGCCCCGGGGGAAGCCCGGCAAAGACGGCGAGAAGGGGGAAAAGGGGAGCCUGGGCUUCCCUGGAGACUCGGGGUACCCCGGACUCCCCGGCCGCCCAGGCCCACAGGGAGACAAAGGAGAAGCUGGUCCUCCGGGCCCACCUGGCAUCGUGAUUGGCACGGGACCUUUGGGAGAGAAAGGAGAGCGAGGCUUCCCGGGAGCACCGGGGCUCAGAGGAGAGCCGGGCCCUAAAGGUUACCCAGGGAUCCAAGGCCAGCCAGGACUUCCAGGCUUUCCGGUGCCCGGCCAGCCCGGUGCUCCCGGCUUCCCCGGCGAGAGAGGAGAAAAAGGUGACCAGGGACUGCCAGGCGUGUCUUUGCCAGGACCAAGCGGAAAGGACGGGCUCCCAGGCCUUCCCGGCCCCCCGGGGCCCCCCGGGCAGCCAGGCCACACCAACGGCAUCGUGGAGUGUCAGCCCGGGCCACCUGGCGAUCAGGGUCCUCCCGGCACACCAGGGCAGCCGGGAUUGAGUGGUGAAGUCGGAGAGAAAGGUCAGAAGGGAGACAGCUGCCUCGCCUGUGACAUGGAAGGGCUGCGUGGACCCCCCGGGCCACAGGGACCCCCGGGAGAGAUAGGGUUCCCGGGCCAGCCAGGGGCCAAGGGCGACCGCGGGUUCCCCGGCAGGGACGGUCUUGAAGGAUUGCCGGGGCCGCAAGGUGUGCCAGGGCUGAUGGGCCAGCCCGGAGCCAAGGGAGAGCCCGGUGAGAUCUAUUUCGACGCAAGACUCAAGGGAGACAAAGGAGACCCCGGCUUCCCAGGACAGCCCGGCAUGCCAGGGAGAGCGGGGUCCCCCGGGAGAGACGGCCACCCGGGCCUGCCCGGUCCCAAAGGCUCCCCGGGCUCCGUAGGAUUGAAAGGAGAACGCGGCCCCCCUGGGGGUGUCGGCUUCCCUGGGAGUCGUGGUGACAUCGGCCCCCCAGGACCCCCAGGGUUUGGUCCUAUUGGCCCCGCUGGAGACAAAGGACAAGCAGGCUUUCCCGGAAGCCCCGGGUCCCCCGGCCUGCCAGGUCCAAAGGGUGAAGCAGGACGAGUUGUCCCCUUACCUGGCCCCCCUGGGGCAGAAGGACUGCCGGGGUCCCCGGGUUUCCAAGGCCCCCAAGGCGACAGGGGCUUCCCUGGAACCCCAGGACGGCCAGGCCUCCCGGGAGAGAAGGGCGCCGUGGGCCAGCCCGGGAUUGGAUUUCCAGGGCCUCCGGGCCCCCAGGGUGCGGCCGGCUUACCUGGAGACAUGGGACCUCCUGGGAGUCCGGGUCGCCCGGGAUUUAACGGCUCACCUGGCAGCCCAGGUGUGCCAGGCCAAAAGGGGGAGCCUGGCAUUGGUCUGCCAGGACUCAAGGGACUUCCAGGUCUUCCCGGCAUUCCUGGCACGCCUGGAGAGAAGGGGAGCGUCGGGGGACCCGGCAUUCCCGGAGAGCAUGGAGCCAUCGGCCCCCCUGGGCUUCAGGGCAUCCGAGGCGACCCGGGACCUCCUGGAGUACAAGGCCCCGUGGGACCUCCGGGAGCCCCAGGAAUAGGCCCCCCCGGAGCUAUGGGCCCCCCUGGAGGGCAGGGACCGCCGGGCUCAUCAGGUCCUCCUGGCGUGAAAGGAGAGAAGGGUUUCCCUGGCUUCCCGGGACUGGACAUGCCUGGCCCGAAAGGAGACAAAGGUGCCCAAGGACUUCCCGGCUUAACUGGACAGUCGGGGCUCCCCGGGCUUCCUGGCCAGCAGGGCACGCCUGGAAUCCCCGGCUUCCCAGGUCCCAAGGGAGAAAUGGGUGUCAUGGGGACCCCCGGGCAACCGGGCUCACCAGGACCAGCAGGUGCCCCAGGAUUGCCGGGUGAAAAAGGGGACCACGGCUUCCCGGGUUCCUCAGGUCCCAGGGGAGACCCUGGCUUCAAGGGUGACAAAGGAGACGUCGGGCUCCCGGGCAAACCGGGCUCCAUGGAUAAAGUGGACAUGGGCAGCAUGAAAGGACAGAAGGGGGACCAAGGAGAGAAAGGGCAAAUUGGACCAACUGGUGACAAGGGAUCCCGAGGAGACCCUGGAACCCCAGGAGUGCCCGGGAAGGACGGGCAGGCGGGGCACCCAGGACAGCCAGGGCCGAAAGGUGAUCCCGGCAUCAGUGGAACCCCAGGUGCCCCAGGCCUCCCUGGGCCUAAAGGAUCUGUUGGUGGAAUGGGCUUGCCAGGAACCCCGGGAGAGAAGGGCGUGCCUGGCAUCCCUGGCCCCCAGGGCGUCCCUGGCUUACCUGGAGAGAAAGGAGCCAAAGGAGAGAAGGGGCAGGCAGGUCUGCCUGGCAUCGGGAUUCCCGGAAGGCCUGGAGACAAGGGAGACCCGGGGGUGGCCGGAUUCCCAGGAAGCCCCGGAGAGAAGGGGGAGAAAGGCAGCACCGGGAUUCCGGGAAUGCCGGGGUCCCCAGGCCCGAAGGGGUCUCCAGGCAGUGCCGGCUACCCAGGGAGCCCUGGCUUGCCUGGUGAGAAAGGUGACAAAGGUCUCCCCGGAUUGGAUGGUGUCCCUGGCAUCAAAGGAGAAGCAGGUCUUCCUGGGCAGCCUGGUCCCACGGGCCCGGCAGGCCAGAAGGGGGAGCCCGGCAGUGACGGAAUCCCAGGGUCUGCGGGGGAGAAGGGCGAACCAGGUCUGCCAGGAAGAGGAUUCCCAGGAUUCCCAGGGGCCAAAGGAGACAAAGGUUCAAAAGGCGACGUGGGUUUCCCAGGAUUGGCUGGGAGCCCAGGAAUCCCCGGACCCAAAGGCGAGCCAGGAUUCGCGGGUCCUCCCGGGCCCCAAGGACAGCCUGGGCUGCCUGGUGCUCCCGGCCGCCCCAUGGAGGGGCCCAAAGGAGACCGAGGACCUCAGGGACAGCCGGGCCUGCCAGGGCUUCCGGGACCCAUGGGGCCUCCAGGACUCCCCGGGCUGGACGGACUGAAGGGAGACAAGGGGAAUCCAGGCUGGCCAGGUGCCCCUGGGGCUCCAGGGCCCAAGGGGGAUCCAGGCUUCCAGGGCAUGCCGGGCAUUGGCGGCUCUCCAGGGAUCACAGGCUCCAAGGGUGAUAUGGGACCCCCCGGAGUUCCAGGGUUUCAAGGUCAGAAAGGUCUUCCUGGCCUCCAGGGAAUUAAAGGGGAUCAGGGCGAUCAAGGCAUCCCCGGACCUAAAGGUCUCCCAGGGCCCCCUGGCCCCCCAGGUCCUUACGAUAUCAUCAAAGGCGAACCAGGACUCCCAGGCCCUGAGGGUCCCCCAGGUCUGAAAGGGCUUCAGGGACCACCAGGCCCUAAAGGACAGCAAGGCGUGACGGGAUCGGUGGGCUUACCUGGACCGCCCGGUAUUCCUGGCUUCGAUGGGGCCCCUGGCCAGAAAGGAGAGACGGGACCAUUUGGGCCUCCUGGUCCUAGAGGGUUCCCUGGUCCUCCAGGCCCUGACGGGCUGCCAGGAUCCAUGGGGCCCCCAGGCACCCCAUCUGUGGACCAUGGCUUCCUGGUGACCAGGCACAGUCAAACGAUCCACGACCCACAGUGCCCUCCUGGAACCAAAAUUCUCUACCACGGGUACUCCCUGCUCUACGUGCAAGGCAACGAGCGGGCCCACGGCCAGGACUUGGGCACGGCCGGGAGCUGCUUGCGCAAGUUUAGCACCAUGCCCUUCCUGUUCUGCAACAUCAACAACGUGUGCAACUUCGCCUCCCGCAACGACUACUCCUACUGGCUGUCCACCCCCGAGCCCAUGCCCAUGUCCAUGGCGCCCAUCGCCGGCGACAACAUCAGGCCCUUCAUCAGCAGGUGCGCCGUGUGCGAGGCCCCGGCCAUGGUGAUGGCGGUGCACAGUCAGACCAUUCAGAUCCCGCCCUGCCCCAACGGGUGGUCCUCGCUGUGGAUCGGCUACUCCUUCGUGAUGCACACCAGUGCCGGGGCUGAAGGUUCCGGCCAAGCCCUGGCUUCCCCCGGCUCCUGUCUGGAAGAGUUUAGAAGCGCACCGUUCAUCGAGUGCCACGGCCGUGGGACCUGCAACUACUACGCCAACGCGUACAGCUUCUGGCUCGCCACCAUAGAGAGAAGCGAGAUGUUCAAGAAGCCCACGCCGUCCACCUUGAAGGCAGGGGAGCUGCACACGCAUGUCAGCCGGUGCCAAGUCUGUAUGAGAAGAACAUGAGGGAGCCCGCUCUCAGCUGACGUCACAACAUGGUGCUACUCCUCCUCCUCCUCUUUUUUUUUUUUUAACAGCAACGAACCCUAGAAAUAUAUCCUGUGUACCUCACUGUCCAGUAUGAAAACUAUAAAGUGCCUUAGAGGAAUUCGCGUAACUAACACACCCCGCUUCGUUGGCCUCUACUUGCUGAAGGAGAAACAGACAACGAUAAGCUUUCGAUAGUGGCGUACAAAUGGCACUCUGGAUGCAAUAAAAUGUCAGUGUGUCCCACAGCCCAGUGCACUGAUGCAUGGAGAGCUCCGUCAGCAAACACAAGGGUGCUAGGAGGUGCGUUGCCUUCCAUGGUGUCUGACCGCCCGUUUUCAGCCUUGUAUCCUAGUAGAUGAAUUCUCCAGCCCGGAUAUCAAUGUCUGUGGACACCACUGUCCAGCUCUUUCCAGAUUCAGGUCCCUGGGUCUGAUGUCCAGACAGCGUCCUGGAACCUGCGGACGGGAUGCGGACUCAGCAGCCAUACCCCAAACCCGUAGAAAGUGACGUCUUUCCGCUCCGUGUGUGGUGCUUUUUGCAGCUGCUUUGGCAGAAAUCACAAGUUUCCUGUGGAAUAAAGAUGGUCCAAAAGUAGCCAGAAAUUAAAUAUAUAUAUAUAUAUUUUAGUAAUUUAUAUAGUUGCCAGCAGGUAGGCAGACCAGGUCGUAGAGUACCUUCCACUGUUGAGAUAGAGCUUCCGGAAGCUUCUUCCUCGGACAGACCGCGCGGCCCUUAAUAGGUUCUUACACACGAGGAUGUCCAGUGUGGAGCGUCCGCUUUCACCGUUCACUCUGAAACCAAAAACCAUGUACCACCAAAGCCAGACCAGGUUCCCUGCGUGGCGUCUGCCGGGUGGCACACGUCCCCGGAGCCCACUGUCUCUGCUUCAUAAAACACGUGCAGGGUUUAAACGCCAAUCACAAACCGAUCGACUUGAUUCCCCGGCAGCGACCGUAAGGCCUUCCUCUCGUUAGCAUUCCUCAUCCUGCAUCCCGGCUCGAGAAACAGCUCUGUGAGCCCAAACGUCAGUAUUCUCGCACGGGAGCCCACGCAGGCCCUUCCGUGGCGCCUCGUGGGCCGUGCCACGGAUGUCCGCGGCAGGGGCAGCGUGGAGCACGCGAGGGCGGAUCCGGACUGUCGUGCCCCGAGCGACAUUUCACUCCAGGUCUCCAAAAACGUUCUUAAGACUACUAAGGCAUUUCUUGUAAUUCCUUUAAAUAUGUAUUUCUUAAGAAUUCAAAUUUGUAAUAAAACUAUUUGUAUAAAAAUGAA